AUGUCGUCAAUCUACAAGCCAAGUCUCGCAGAUGUGCGCUCACUCGUACUCGAUCAACAGAAAGGGAAUUGCGUACCUGUGUACACCAGCAUACAAGCAGAUCUACUUACGCCUGUAAUCGCCUACUUGAAAAUAUCACAAAACUCAAAUCACAGCUUCCUCCUCGAGAGUGUCGCUGCGAAUGAGCGUAGCAGAUACUCUUUCAUUGGUGCUUCCCCACUCAAGCUUAUGAAAUCUGGCCCAAAUGAGGACAUUUCUGGUGAUCCUAUGCCUGCACUUGAAGCGGAACUUGGAAAGUACAAAUAUGUUAAGGUCGAUGGCUUGGACACCUUCACUGGCGGUGCUGUUGGCUACGUCGCUUACGAUUGUGUUCACCACUUCGAACCAAAGACAAAAAGAGAACUCAAAGAUCCACUCGGGAUCCCUGAAUCUAUGUUCAUGAUCUGUGACACUAUUCUUGUCUUCGAUCAUGUUUUCCAGAAAGUCCAAGUUGUUAGUCAUGUCAAUGUUCCAGAUAACUGCAAUGAAGUCACCCUUCAAGCCAAGUACGCUGUAGCAAUUGACAAGAUUAGAAAGACUGUUGAAUUGCUAGAGGAUCAGCAAAUGCCUAGGGGUCCUUACCAGCCAAUGAUUGGUCAAUCCGGUGAAGCUUUCAGUAACGUCGGUAAGACCGGAUACGAGGGCUUCGUUACAUCUCUCAAGGAACACAUCAACAAGGGUAACAUCAUCCAAGCUGUACCUUCACAAAGACUAGCAAGACCGACGCAGCUUCACCCAUUCAACGUUUAUAGACACCUGCGCACUGUCAACCCAUCCCCCCACAUGUUCUAUCUUGAUUUCAACGGUGAUAGCCCAGAAGGUGUAAGGUUUGUGGGUGCUUCACCUGAAACGCUCUGCAGGGUAGAGAACAACAAGGUGUUUAACCACGCAAUUGCUGGUACUGUCAAAAGAGGUAAAACUAAAGAGGAAGAUGAGAGGCUGGGAGAAGAGUUAUCUCAAUCUGAAAAGGAUAGAGCUGAGCACAUUAUGCUUGUCGAUUUGGCGAGAAAUGACGUCAACAGAGUCUGUAAACCAGAGACUGUCAAUGUCGACGAGCUGAUGAAGGUCGAAAGAUUCUCUCACGUCAUCCACCUAACUUCACAGAUAUCUGGACAGCUGCGUGAAGGAAAGUCUCGCUUCGAUGCUUUCAGAUCCAUCUUUCCAGCUGGGACCGUGUCCGGUGCACCAAAAGUCAAGGCAAUGGAGCUGAUCGGUGAGCUGGAGGGUGAACGCAGAGGAAUAUACGCCGGUGCAGCUGGUAGAUUUGAUUUUGCAGAUAAUGAAAUGGAUACGUGUAUCGCUAUCCGCACCAUGACAUUUAAAGAUGGCGUAGCAUACCUGCAAGCAGGUGGUGGGAUUGUGUAUGACAGUGUUGAAGAGGACGAGUAUAUCGAGACUAUAAACAAGCUUAUGGGUAACGUCAAAUGCAUAGAUCAAGCCGAAGAAUACUAUCGUAUGCUUAACGGUGAACUAUAA